UGCAAAAAAAUAUUCUAAUAUUUUUUAUUUCUUGUAUCUUGGCAACUUAUUUUUUUAUUACUAUAAAGGGGGAAAAUAAUUAAAUUAGUAAUUACGUGUAUUUAUGACCUGGAACAGAGCUAGUCUAUAUAAAUACCUUAAUAUGGUUGACACUAUAUUGCAACAAAAUAACACGUAAUAGUAAAAUGGAAAGAUUAAUGCAGGUAAGAUUAGUGACAGUUUUUGUUGUUUUAUUGGGUAGAGUAUCCAAUAUUGCAAUUGCACAAACUACAAAUGCAGCAUUUCCUGCUGUGUUUGCAUUUGGUGACUCAAUCUAUGACACUGGAAAUAAUAACAACCUUUUAACUGCAUCUAAGUGUAAUUUUCCUCCCUAUGGGAAGGAUUUCUACGGAGGAAAGGCUACCGGAAGAUUCGGUAACGGCAGAGUUCUAUCAGAUUUGAUAACUUCGGCCUUGGGUGUGAAAGACACAUUGCCAGCAUUCUUGAAUCCAGCUUUAACGGCUCAAGACCUUCCUACUGGGGUAUGCUUUGCAUCAGGUGGUUCAGGUUUAGACGAUUUGACAGCAAACAUGCAAGGAGGAGUAUUGACAAUGGGCGCUCAACUGAACCUGUUCCGACAAUACAUAGAAAAGCUGAAAGCAGUUGUUGGAGCAGAUAAGGCGGCCGAUAUAAUAUCUAAAGCUUUGUUUAUAAUAUCGGCAGGAAACAAUGACGUUGCAUUUGCUUAUUCUUUUACUAUAAGAAGAGCUUUGCCUUUCAAUGUAUAUGCCGCUACUUUAGUUAGCGCAAGUCAAAAUUUUCUCAAGAGUCUAUAUCAAUUGGGCGCACGACAUGUGUGGGUUCAAAGUACAGUGACAUUGGGAUGCUUACCAGCAGCUAGAUCAACAUUGGGUGGACCACUGAGGUUUUGUGUAGAUUAUGAGAAUAUCUACGCACAACAAUUUAAUGGCAUGUUAUCAGCAGGUGUUGCAAAUCUUAAAAGCACCCUUCCUGAUUAUGAUCUUAGAUUUGUUGAUGUCUAUACUCCAAUGCUUCGUCUCAUACAAAAUCCUUCUGCAGCAGGGUUCGUAAAUGUGUGGAACGGGUGCUGUGGAACAGGAACAUUUGAAAUGGGACCUGCAUGCAAUGCAUUUACAUUCCAAUGUCCAAGUACUUCACAAUACUUUUUUUGGGAUGUUGCUCAUCCUACUGAGAGAGCUUAUCAAGCCACUCUUGCUCAAUUGCUACAUGCUCAAAACUACGAUCUUAACAGUUACAAUAUUUCCAAAACUCUUCAUCCUUUAAAUGUAUCAAAUCUUAUAUUUUAAUUAGUAAGCAAGUAAUUUAUCAUAUGGUGAUCACCAUAAAAAAAAUAAAAUAAAUUACUAUAUGGACUAUUAAUUGUUUAUCCAAGUAAUGAAAUAGACAAUUGAUUUGUAACGUGUUCCCUUUCCUUU